AUGAAGGAUCUGGAGUGCAGCAACUGUCACAAGCGAGGUCAUGAGGAAAAGAACUGUCGAGUUCGUGUGUUCGACAGCAAGUACGGUAGUGUGGGCGUAGAGAUGUACGAAAGAGGCAAUCAGCUGGUUAUCAGUACGCCGACGUUGAACUCUAGGAAGGCCCUCUACGAUGCGUGCUUAGAGGCGGCAACGAAGAUCAACCAGCUGGAAGAGAAAAAGCGCACAGUUGAGAAAGAGCGCCGAGAUAAGAAGAAAACGAGUGCUCGACCCGACGCGCUGAUGGAAGACGGAGAGGUCGCCAAGUUUGCAGACACGUUAGGAGCUGCGAGGGUCACUAAGGGAGUAAUGUUGAACGAGGUAGUGGUAGAAGCACUUUUAGAUACGGGUGCAACUACGUCUAUCGUGAGUAUGGACCUCGCACGUCAGUUAGGCUUAGAAGAGGCCGGCGCUGGUGCCAUUGGGGGCUUGUUUACCAGGAAACAGGUGACAUUGUUCAAGGCGUCGUUGGCUACAAAAGACCGUCGGAUGGAGACUGUGCUGUAUUCCAGCGAGGAGCUGAAGGACGAUGAGCUGAUAUUGGGCGUACCAGACAUGAUUGCACUAGGUAUCUUCGAUGCAUGUAAGUGCCAGUUCCAUGUGGAGAGCUGUUACAAGGUCAAUGCGGUGUCACUGGUGGAGGAGGAGAAGUCGGACCAAGACUUGUUGGCGGUUGCGAAGCAGCUGAUAACGGAUAUGACGUCCCAUGUGGAAGAUGUUGUUAGAGAGAGGCUUUGGGGUUUGUUACAAAAACAUUCGAAUUAUUGGUUGCGGCCGAGGACAGGCAGAACACGGCGUAGUGUGGAGUUCGAAGUAGACGGGAAGCCGGUGAAGCAUACGUUGAAGCCGUUAAGACCAGAGUUACGAGAGGAACUAGAUAAGCAGAUAGACGACAUGUUGAGCAUGGCUAGACUGAAAUCAUGGCUUUUGGAAUGUACCCCUGGGGGCAGAAAGCCGACAGUUUACUGCGUUUGUGUCGCAUAG